AUGCACCUGGUAUCAUUCUUUCUGUCGUUUAUCGCCGUCACAUAUGGCGUUGCACAAAUAUUUCCUCGACCAAAGAACAUUACGAAAAUACGCUCAAAAACGCAUGCCGGAGUUAACAUAACUUAUAGCGAGCCUGGAUUAUGCGAAACGAGUCCUGGAGUGAGAUCCUACUCGGGUUACGUCGAACUUCCACCAAUUCCCGAAGAGUUCAUACUAUCUCGUUCAUCAACCUUCUUCUGGUUCUUUGAGGCUCGAGAAAAUCCCGAAACGGCUCCAUUGGCCAUCUGGCUCAAUGGCGGGCCAGGAGCAUCGUCGAUGUUCGGUGCGUUACAAGAGAACGGACCUUGCUUUGUUGGUGACGAUUCCAAUUCCACCUACCUGAACCAGUUCCCCUGGAACAAUAAAGUGAAUAUGCUGUACAUCGAUCAACCUGUACAAACCGGCUUCUCCUUCUCGGACUUCGCAAAUGGCACCCUGGACUUGCUCACCAAUACCUUAGAGUUCAUCGACUUCUCUAGUGUUAUACCUCAACAAAAUCUUACAUUCCUGGUGGGGACAUUCCCAACCCGGAACGAAGCCUCUGGACCAAAUUCGACUGUGCAUGCCGCACGAGGGACUUGGCAUUUCUUGCAGACUUGGUUGGCGGAGUUUCCUGGGUAUAAAACAAGUGACAAUAGGGUCAGCUUGUGGACAGAAUCCUAUGGAGGCAAAUUAGGACCUGUAUUCAUGGAUUUCUUUUACAAGCAGAACGAGAAGAUUGGUGAAGGGUCUCUGGUAGAUGCCAUCGAAAUCCGACUUGACACGCUCAGUAUCAUCAAUGGCUGCGUUGAUGCUCUCUAUGUAGAUCCCGCAUUCCCAGAAAUGGCUUUCAACAACACGUAUGGAAUUCAAAUCUUCAAUGAGUCCCACUAUAACUGGGCGAUGACAUACUUCAAACAACACUGUGCUGCAGAUAUCGAGAGAUGUCAACAAGUUGAAUUAAAGCUUGACCCCACGCGGAACGGCAACAAUCAAGAAGUCAACGAAGCCUGUAUCGCUGCCGGAAUCUGUGCUCACAAAAUGAUUGGACCGUACGGUGACGACGGAGUCGGUGCUUGGUUUGAUAUUGCCCAUCAACCGCUCGAUCCCUUCCCGCCCAGCAACAUGUACGGUUUCCUCGGCCAACCGUGGGUACAAUCCGCUUUGGGCGUCCCAGUCAACUUCACCGGGGCAGCAUUGAAUGUUGCUCAGAAUCUUCGAAAAACAGGAGAUCCAGCUCGUGGUGGCCUUCUUGAAGAUAUCGCUUCGUUACUAGACAGCGGCGUAAAAGUUGCUAUGGUGUAUGGUGAUCGUGAUUUUGCUUGUAACUGGAUCGGUGGAGAAAAGACAUCUCUUGCUAUCCCUUGGUCUUCAAAGAAUGAAUUUGCGAGCGCUGGAUAUCAGCCCAUCUAUUUGAGCAAGACGUACGUCGCGGGGCAAGUUCGCCAGUAUGGAAACUUUUCAUUUUCGAGAGUUUAUCAAGCUGGACACCAAGGUAUACUCCUCUUCUCGCAUUCAAUACUCUCCACUUCCCAGCUGAUCAUCUCUCCCAAAGUCCCAGCAUACCAACCAGAAGCAUCCUACGAAAUAUUCAUGAGCGCCAUGCUCGGGCAGGACAUCAGCACCGGGCAGUUGACAGUCGGCGAGAACUACGCAACCCAAGGCCCUAGCUCCACAUUCAAUAUCAAGAAUGAGAUUCCGUUACUGCCACCAAAUAGAUGUUACGUUUUGAAUCUGCGUAAAAUGUGUUCUGAGGAGGAGCUAUCUUGGCUUAGAGAUGGUACAGCUAUUGUGAGAGACUAUGUAGUGAUUGGAAGAGAGCCACUGCCAGAGUUUGAUCUUCGUGCGCAGAAACCCCUGAUGGAAGUGUAG